AUGUCGCUGGGCAAGUGGAUAUUCUGAGUGUGCCGGCGUAUGUGGGCCACUUCCGGGGUCAACUUUGUAUCCAAACUGUACCCUUAUCAUCCCGUCUUCUAAGCGAAGUCUUUACGGCAGUGGGUUUUAUGCAGUAGCAAUAAUGUUGGAAGAUUUCCCUGCAACAAACAUAACACAGGGUGGAGUGCAGAAAGACGUAACAACUCCAUUGUCAAAGGUCCCGCUGCAGUAUCUUGCUCUCAUAAAGGAUGGUUGUAAUUGCGGCAACCCGCCAACUUUCAUAACUCCACUAGAUACAAAAAACCUACGUGCUGGGCAGACCUUCACGAAAGACUUAAUAGCAAUGUAUCCCAGUGGAAUAACUGCCAUCAACGUCGUUCCACCAACCGGUGCUAAUGUGGGUGCAAUGGUUACUGUAAAUGGUACCACGGCCUCGGUUAACAUAACCUGGACUCCGGCCCCUGCACAGCACGGACACCACCUGAUUUGUUAUCAAGCCUUUGGCGCUAAUAGAUGUCCUGGACCGUACCUUUGUGACAAAAUUGUAGUAGGUAAUGUAUAAUAUUUCGAUGUUGGUGGUUGCAACCUUGGAACUUGG